AUCAAGUACAGAUGCUUCAAAGUAGUGUUCCCGCAAAAGUACGAUUGGUUCUUCAGUAGUUCUUUCUUACUCGUUGGAAAAACAGCCUAUUAUUUAGGGUAUCAACAGUCUUUCAAAUAUACGAGUUCAAGUCACCCAUCAUGGCUAUAAAGGAAGGCGUGGGACGAAUAUUAAAUGAAAAUCCAAAAUUAGUUCAUUGGAUCGACUUCACCAGUUACGAAGACGUACUACAAAGAUCAAAAGUGGAAGCAAAUCAGUUGAAUUCCAACAAGUUUACUAAAACGCAACUCACCUUCCAAAUUCAACAAACCGAAGAUUUGGUUAAAGAACUCACGGAACACUCCGCUAUAAGGAAAUGAUAAAAAAAUUGGAUUUUCAGCGCCUAUUCUCAUGCAACCUAUUCGGAUGAAAUACUUAGAAGCCAUAACAAUUUGAUAUGGAACGAUAAUGAGCAAUAUCAUAUCAAUCAAGUUCUAACAAAUACAACAAAACAUAUUCUGAUGCAAUAUAAUAGAAUUAUUCAAAGGUUCGAUGAAAAUUCAAAAGAAGCUAAUUACCAAACGCUUUUCAACCAAAUUAAUAUGAUAAAGGAAGAAAUAAAAGAAAUCGUAAGAGCAGUCCAAUUAGCCAAAGGAAAAAUAGUGAACACCAACUUAUUAAAUAAAGAGGAAAUCAACCAAUUGAUUUCUGAAAUGCAAACAUUACCGUAUUUCAAUGUUAUUGAUGCAAUCGAGUACGCUACACCAACAGUAGUAGUCCAAGACAUGACUGUACUCUACAUAUUAUCACUACCCAAAACCAGCGGUGUCGAAUAUAACUAUAUUAAAAUCAGAGCCACCACUAAAAAUAAUAAGCAGUUGCAUCUAACAUACAAAAGUCUACUAACGAACCUCAAACAAAUUUUUGGCAUUAGCAACGAAUGUAACAAGUAUAAAAACACCUUCAUCAACAAAAUGGAUCAAAUACAAGAAUUACCUGAUGACCACUGCAUCACACAAAUUCUGAGAAACUGCAACAAUACUUGUGAGUACGAGUUCAACAGAAGGGAAUCGGUCGAAAUAAUGAAAAUACAAUAUUCCUCAAUAAUUUCAGUGGAACAGUCAAAGCCAACAACACAACAAAAAACCUUAACGCUAACUUCGUCAUAGAAUUUUAUAAUGAAACAAUUCAAAUAAAAAACGAGACCUAUACCAACAAAGAAUUUCAAUCGUCUCAAAUCAUUUUGCCAUCAAUAAUGAGCGACAAGAAAUCCCCAGGAAAAAUGAAACUCAACCUAUAUUAUCUGCACAAUUUGCACUUAGGUAAUGUCAAACAACUGAGCGAGCUCACUACAAC